AUAGUCCAUGAAAUUUUUCUAAACUUCUUACUAUAAGAUCAAACACAAAGGCUGAUAGGCGAAGCUAGGACAAACCUCACACUCCUCAAAUCAUACCAUUACCUCCCUUCGGAAUCCUACCACACAUGUCGUCUCUCCCAAAUGGGGAAAGAGCAGCGACAGUUUUGUCAGCAGCUGCCUCCCUGGCAGCUUCGGCCAUUCUUUUUCGAACCAUUGCCAGUGAUCUCGUGCCUGGUGAAGUUCACGGCUACUUCUCCUCCACCCUGCAUAGUAUUUUCCGCUAUCUCUCUUCCCAACACACCAUCAUUAUAGAAGAAUUCAAAGGUAACCAAGGGCAUACCGUGAAUGAGCUGUUUGAGGCUGCCGAAGUGUACCUGGGUACCAAAACGAGCCCAGCAGUCCGAAAGCUGAGAGUGGGAAAGGAUGAAGAGGAGAAGAAAUUGGCGGUCACCAUUGAUGGAGAUGAAGAAAUUGUUGAUGUUUUUGAGGAUGUGAAAGUGACGUGGAGGUCGAUUUCGAGACAAGUGGAGUCGUUAGGGUUUGGGAACAUGGGAGGGGAAGGUAGGACUUUCUGGUUGGAAGACUCCGACGAGACUGUAUGGUCCGAAGAGAGAUCGUAUGAGCUAGGUUUUAACAAAAAGCACAAAGACAAGGUCUUGAAUUCAUACUUUCCGUAUAUUUUAGAGCGAGCGAAGGCCAUUAAAGAGGAAAACAAGGUGGUGAAGCUCCACACUGUGAAUACGCACCAUGGUUGUUGGCGAGACGCGAUCAUUCUCGAUCACCCAAUGACUUUCCAGACCCUUGCGAUGGAUUCUGAGCUUAAGACGGCUUUACUGGAGGACCUAGACAACUUUGUGAAGGGGAAAGCAUUUUACAAAAGAAUGGGGAAAACUUGGAGACGCGGGUACUUGUUGUAUGGCCCUUCAGGGACAGGAAAGUCGAGCUUGAUUGCAGCCAUGGCUAAUCACCUGAACUACGACAUCUAUGACAUGGAUCUCACAGGUGUAGGAUCCAACGACGAUCUCCGGCUUUUGUUGCUAGCCAUGCCCAGUAAAGCAAUUCUAGUCAUCGAGGAUGUUGACUGUGUCGUCAAUCUACAAAACCAAGAAGACAAUGAAGAGGACCGAGAAGAUAGAGAGGAAGCAACCACAGGGGAACCAUACAACCCAUGGGAUGAAGAUGGAUGGGUAACAGAGGAUGAAAUCGAACCCGAGAAUCAGGUAACACUCUCCGGCUUUCUCAACCUCAUCAAUGGCCUUCUGUCAUGCUGCAGUGAAGAACAAAUCCUCGUGUUCACUACCAAUCACAGAGAACAGCUUGACCCUGCUUUGCUGAGGCCAGGGUGCAUAGAUAUGGAGAUUCACAUGUCAUGCUGCACCAUUUCUGCAUUCAAGCAACUCGCCUGGAACUAUCUAGGGCUUUAUGAUCAUCCACUCUUUGAACAAAUUGAAAGGCUAAUGGGAGAGGUGAAGGUCACACCUGCAGAAGUUGCAGGGGAGUUGAUGAAGAGCAAAGAUGCUGACGUUUCCCUGCAAGGCGUCAUCGAGUUCUUCCACAAGAAGAUUGAAAAAAAUGAAGCAAAAACAGCCAAAGAUAAUGGAAGCAUAAAAGGAUUAGAAAAUAUAUAAACAUUAAUACCAUUGUGAGUAGUGGUCAAUGUGGAGGCACUACCCUCCAAAGAAAUUGAAAGCAGCUUUCAAUUCAAAGCAUGAUUCGGAGUUUUAAGAUUGCCCGAAUCUUAAACUUGUUUGUAUGAACCAAAAGCCAUCAUUUUAUAAAAUGGGUUGGAAUCGAAA